AUGGCUUUGUACAAAGUGAUCUGUGUGGUGACUCUGCUGACUCUCCUGACACAAGGACACGUUAAACAGUUAAACUCUGCCAUGUGUGGUCAGCCUAAGCUCAACACCAAGAUUGUUGGAGGACAGGUGGCCUCUGAAGGCAGCUGGCCCUGGCAGGCCAGUCUGCAAACCUCUACAGGGUUCCACUUCUGUGGAGGAUCCCUCAUUAACAAUCUAUGGGUGCUGACUGCUGCUCACUGCUUCGCAAGCAAAGUCACAGACCCAAAGACUGUGACUGUGGUUCUGGGUCUCCAGAGUCUACAGGGAUCAAACACCAAUAAAGUGUCUCAGACAGUAUCACAGAUCAUCAUUCAUCCCAGCUAUACCUCUGGAACUGAAGAAAAUGACAUCUGCCUGCUGAAGCUCUCCUCACCGGUGACAUUUAACACCUUCAUCCUGCCCGUCUGUCUGGCAGCCCCAGGCAGCACCUUCUACAAGGGGACUGUCUCCUGGGUCACCGGCUGGGGCACCAUUGGAUCUGGAGUGCCCCUUCCAUCCCCAGGAAACCUGAUGGAGGUGCAGAUUCCGGUUGUGGGGAACAGACAGUGUAACUGUAACUACGGAGUGGGCAGGAUCACAGACAACAUGAUGUGCGCCGGGUUAAGUGCUGGAGGGAAGGACUCCUGUCAGGGGGAUUCAGGAGGUCCGAUGGUGAGCAAGCAGGGCGGUCGCUGGAUCCAGGAGGGAGUCGUCAGUUUUGGAAGAGGCUGUGCCCUGCCUAAUUUCCCAGGAGUCUACACAAGAGUGUCCCAGUAUCAGUCGUGGAUCAACAGCCAGAUCACCAGCAACCAGCCAGGCUUCCUCAUCUUCACGUCCACUGGGACUGACAGUGACCUCAGUGUCACCUGUCCUGGCCUGCCACCACCUCCAACAACUCUCGCUCCAACAACCACAGCCCCACCUGUGGUCUGUGGCCAAGCCCCUCUGAAUUCACGUAUUCUGGGAGGAAGCACGUUGGCGACAGCUGGUGUUUGGCCAUGGAUGGCGAGCCUACGGAACAAUGGAAGUCAUGUGUGUGGUGGGACUCUGGUGGCUUUGGACUUCGUGUUGAGCGACGCCAACUGCUUCUCAAGUUCACCCAUACCGUCUGAAUGGACUGUCGUUUUGGGUCGUUUGAAUCAGAAUGGAUCCAACCUCUUUGAGGUGACACUGAAAGUGACAAAUAUCACUCUGAGCAAACUCACUGGGUCUAAUGUAGCAGUGCUGCGUCUGGCAACCAGACCCACCCUGUCCAACCACAUCCAGCCCAUCUGCCUGGACAACGGACAAACCUUCACUGUGGGCUCGACGUGCUGGGCUGCUGGCUGGAGCGCCGGGCAAGGAGGGGUUGAACAAGUUCUGCAGGAGUUCCAGACCUCGGUGGUAAACUGUGGAAAUGCAUCAACGAGUGACAGCAUUUGUACAAGCUCUUUCACACUAGGGCAGGGUGAUGCUGGCGGUCCAGUGAUGUGUAAGCAGGGCGGCUCUUGGUUCCAGGCAGCAGUGUUGUCAGUUGAAAACAACAGCACCAGUCAAACACGAGCAGAUCCAGUGAUGGUCUUCACCAAAGUGAGCAGCUUUCAGACCUUCCUGGCUCAGACAGUGGGGACGUUCUUAUCUCCAGCCUCCACCAGCACCACCACCACCACCACCAGCAACAACAGCACAGCUGCCAACAAUACUCUCACCACCAGCGGGGGCGCUCCUGCUCACUCCACUUUGUUCAUCCUCCAUCUCCUCAUCUUCUCUGUGUGUCUCCACCUCUUGUCAUAGAUGCGAUGAGCACAAAUUAAUGUCAACAACCUUAAAUUAGAGAGCUAGUGUAGGCUUAAAGCUGCGCUAACUACUCUAUGACUUGAUUCUGCCUCUGUUGGUGACGGCUAGAGAUCAGAGAAGAGAUUGUGGACGCCCUCUGCUUUCAGUCUAAAAUGAAGGGUGUAAAAUAAAUGCAAAUGAAUUGUUCAAGCAGUACUGAACAAAUGUAUGUAUAUGUAGUAAGCAGUAUUCCAGCAGGUAAUGGUAUUUGAAGCUAUAAGGAUAUCUGCACCUAUUUUUUUAAGUGUUUUUCUAUUUGAUACAAUGAUAAAAUAUGUAAAAAUUUAAUCUAAUCUAUUGUUUUUUACUAACUGAUGAUUAUUUUCAUGAACGAGUCUUGGAUGGAAUUCCAAAGUGCAACUCAUUACGUUACUGCAAAAAAAUGGAUCCAGAUAUUAUGCACAUGAUACAAUUAUGAUUGCACAAAUGGAUUUAAAAAAAAACUUGAAGGAGGAUAUUUUAGAGGUUUGAGGAACAGUGAUUGAACAGUGAACAGUGAGGAACAACUAUCUGUCCAUCAUCUACCUCAUAUUAUUAGCACUACUGUACCAUAUUGUACAUUUCUAUCUGAAUUUAGCACGUAGCAUUUGCUCUAAAAAUAAUGAAGCUGUACUGUACAUUAAUAAUUAUUUUGAAAGACUUUUUUGAAUAAUACCUUACUUUUAAAUUAAGUGAAAAUUCUUUUAUGCUUGGAGCAAUGUGUGUUUUCAGUUUUAUUUCUGAAAAGCAGCACGUCAUAAGAUGUUCUGGUUAAUAUCUACAAAAUUAAAUACACAGAAAAUGUA